GACUAAUUAACUUUGUGAUUCCAUUGUCUUGCAGAAACAGAAGUGGAAGUCUCUCAGAGGAAUAGUAUAUCACUAACUUUACGUAUGAGGGCCGCAACUGCUACUGCUAUAGGUGCUGCUGCUGCUCAUGCCAAAUUGUUGGCCAAUCAGGAAGAGAGAGAAAUAGAAUAUCUGGUUUCUACUUUGGUUGAAGCACAGGCGAAGAAGUUGAAACGCAAAAUGAAGCAUGUUGAAGCUCUGAACCUGAUGAUGGAGAAGCAGCAUGGCCAAAUGAAGGAUCUAGAAGAGUCUUUAGUUACGGAGAGAAUGGACAUCUUGCAGAAGAUAUUUAAUUCCGGGGUAUCUAGAUGGAGGGAUCAUGCUUCGGUUAAAUCUCAAAGCAGCACCAGCAGCAUAUAACUUGACGUUUCUUGAAUUGCAUAUGCAGUGUUGUUGUUGUAGAGAAAACUCACCAUUAGUUAGCUUCUUCAGAUAUUCUCCUGAUGAUGAUUGUCAGUAUGUGCUGGCCUGGUUUAUACUUCAGGUGCUUA